AUCCAGUCAGAAACUAAAGAGACACAGCAUUGCAAACUUUUAGUUUCUUUCUAUGUGAAGAGGCAGUGAGGGAGAGUAAGUUUAGUUCUAUAGUGGUCGAUCGUGUGUGCUCGUCUGCCUACUUUUCCUCUUCGUUCUGCACUUUAUCUUAUUGAUGGAUGAUUAUGAUGCGUUUUGGUUGUUUCAAUCCAGGGAGACUAUGUUGUUCAAUUUUUUCUGUGAUGUAAGCAACAACGGAACUGUAUUACUAGAAGAACUAAUUAGCAAAUCUUUGUGCCUAAAGCAAUCGAGACUCUACAGCGAAAAUGCUAUUGAAGAAGGGUUGGUGGUUGACGGAAAUGGAGUGAUCCUUGUGCCUAAUGUCUCCAACUAUGUCCUCUCUCAGGUUAUCCUCUUCUUGGAGAAGAAACGCCAUUUCCAGGAGGCCGUCGACGCAGGUGCCACCCACUACGAGGGCUGGCCCACCACCUUUUUCAACCAGAAUAGCCACAUUCUCUCUGAUUUGCAACAGGCUGCGCAAGAUCUUCAAAUCCCAAGCUUGAUGGAAUCCAUCGCAGCAAAUCCAGAACAUGGUGUUGGUAAAACCGUUGGAGAGAAUUUAGGGAGGAAUCAAGUGAGAGAACAUAAGAUAAAGACAUCACGUCUAACUCAAAAUCUUAACGUGUUAAGUUAAUGUCUUUCUCAUCUUAUAAACUCCUCACUCUUCCAUGCUUUCUUUGAUGUGGAACUAACUUCAACAUUUCUCACACUUGCAACACUAACACAUGAUUCAGUCAGAUUGGCGAUUCCGGCGAUUCCGGUAGGGACCAUCACAAUAAAUUUAAGACUCUGAUGAAGUCCCCUCACUUUAGUCGGGUCUGCCUUUUUCUGUACCAGGGCGACGAGCGAGUGCGAUUUCCCGAAGUCUCCCUAGCCACGAUGGAAAGGUCUUGAAGAUCGAUAAGAGUGAUGCCAUAGAUGAAUCGUUAUUUUUAAGACGCUGUGUUAGGUGUAGUAUUUGGUGGACCGUGAUCCCUAUGACCAUUGAUAGCCAUGUACUCUCAUCAAUUAUUAACUUCUGUCAUAAUGCAUGGGAUUUCCAACAGAUAUAUGGUUCCCGCUGGCUCAUGGAGGGCCUUGCGGUUGUGGAUCAUUUUCGGGGAUGAGUCAUAGAAUUUGUCAAGAGUAACAUAGACAUGCUCUCUGAAUUGUAUGAGGUUAGUUAGUUUCUUUUGUUCUUGUCAUGUACCAUCUCUUUCUUGUUUCUUGUUCUUGAUAUUACAUGUUACAUAUAUGGCACGGAAUUCAGAUAUUAAUUGGUUGAGAUUAGAAUAGAAUAGAUGGAUGUGGAUUUUACUACU